AUGCACCAGUUGGCGCUCUACGGUCAAGUCCGGAGGGACGACCACCAUCGAAUGCUCCAGCAAUUGGCUGGCUUCACUCGCAUGCAGCCGCAAGAUGUACGCGAGAUCCAGCUUGUCUUCAAAGCUCGGCAACCCUUUGGACUCGACCUGGUGCAAUCUAUUGGUGCAUCCAACCUGGCCUCGCAGCAACAGCAGGACCUUCAACGGGUCAAGCACAUGCUCAAUGCUGGGCUAUACUAUGUCCACCUCGUUGGAGAGGUGUUACCCGAGAAGAAAGCGACACGGACAGAAAAUGAAGAUGUGACCAUGACGGACGCCGAUACUAGUGCUGAGGCAAAGGUUUCGACAGUGCGGUGGUCGCUUGAUUUUAGGGACACUCCUGAGCCUGGAAAGCAAUCUGUGAGUUCGAGGAUGGUGUCUAGGACGCCGAUGGAGGAGGGCAACCUCAUUCGAUUUCUGGACAAUUUUGGUUUCGAAUACGUGUCUCGCUACGUGGUCGUUGGCUCGAGGUUCUAUGAAAACGACACCACCAUCUUGGUUCACAAGGUCUUGCGCCUACCUGAAGUCGAGGCAGGAAAGGCUGUCUCCGACAACUCAUUCAUCUCCAACAUCGACGAGCUACCUGAACUGGACCGAUCCGGCAGCUACAUUGUCCAGGCAUCGAUCGAUAUCACUGAUGGAAAUAACCCAGAGCUCAAGGACAGAGCAACCCGACAACUACUGGGUAUCAAAGAGGCGUUGAAGCAGGCUGUUGAUCUCACGCCGGGGGAUAGGCUGGCACUGGAUACUAGACUUCCUGCGGUCUCACGUAGAAACUGA